AUGGAUGGAGAUUUGGCACAAAUCCCAAUAAAAACAAAAUAUGGAAUUUUAAUUUGCCAGCCUUUGGAGCAGUUUAAAAACCUUGAAGUAAAAUUUAAAUUAAACAAUAAAAAUAUUUGUGAUGUUGCCGACGAAUUUGCGGAAAAUAUUUUGGAAAAAUUUGAAACAGAAAAGGGGAAAAAUAAAAAAGGAUGUUCUCCUAAUUUAUUAAAAAUUAAUUUGAAAGAAAAAUUGAAAAAAUAUUUUAAUACAGAAAAAAUUAAUUUAAACGAUUUUUUAAAUAAAAAUAGGGAAAGAAUGAUUAAUGAAUUGGAGGGAAGUUGUGCAGAAAAUAUUUUAAAAAUUAAUGCCGAAAAUUGGUUAUUUUUGGGGGGAACGGAUAAAAAUGAAUCUACGGUUAAUUGUCGAGGGGGUAUUGUAAAUGAAUUGAAUUUGAAGAUUGAAGAAGCGAUUGAACGACUGGUGAAGAAAAUACCUGAAGAUGGACAAGUUCGGGUAUGA